AUGUAUGAUUCGGGUGUUAUUACAAAAGAUGAUUACUCUAUGGUGUAUUCUGGUGCUCCAAGUUCCAACAAAACAAGAUCUGCUCAUGGAGUUGCCAUUUAUUUAGACAAACAUGCUGCUAGUGUUUGGAGGGAAUCAGGGGCGAAAUGGGAGGCGACUCUGAGUGGUGCAAUAUUUCACAACAAACAAAAUAAGUCAAAAAAACCAAAAGAAUGGUUGACCGAUGAAAUUCUUAGUCUUGUUGAUGAAAAGGGAGCAGCUUUUGUUGAAUGGCAAAACCAUAGUCAAACAAGGAUGCAACGAAAAUAUCGAAACAAAUACUAUCAAUUAAGAAAUUUGGUCAACAAAAAGAUACGUGCUCGACGACUCGAAUUCUGGGACGAGGUAAGUGAAGAAAUCGAAAAAGCUAUCAAACAACACGAUCCAAGUACAGCAUAUAGGAUGAUAAGACAACUUAAAGGUGGAAGAACUAAUGUAGACAAUAUGCCAAUACGAAACAAGCAAGGUGAUCUGCUCUCAGAGUCAGAAGAUGUAAUGGUUCGAUGGAGUGAGUACUUCUGUGAAUUAUUGAAUGUUCAUUCUAUUAUAGAUCCACUUAUUAUUCAACAAAUUCCGAUACCAAGUAUUCCAACAAUAGAACAAGUACGACAAGACAUACCUCCAUCUCUGUCUGAAGUUGUUGGUGCUAUCAAACAAAUGAAAAAUAGAAAGGCUCCGGGUGUUGACAAUAUAUCAGCAGAUGUGCUCAAAGCUGGUGGUGUGCCUAUGGCUAAAUGGGUGCAUGAGAUAGUCUGUGAUGUGUGGAAUGAAGAAGUUAUGAUAGAGGAAUGGACAACUUCUAUUUUAAUUAGGUUGUAUAAAAGUAAAGGGGAUCGUACCGUAUGUGGCAAUUACAGAGUUGACAAACAACUCCUCGAACAACAAGCCGGUUUUCGUCGCAAUAAGUCUACAGUUGAUCAAAUUUUCACACUCAAGUUAAUAAUGGAAAAGUCUCAAGAAUAUAACAAACCACUGUUCUUAUGCUUCAUAGAUAUACAGAAAGCUUAUGAUUCUGUUGACAGAAAUCUGCUAUGGAAAAUAUGCAGGCGUUAUAGUAUAUCUGAUAAGUUAAUUCGGUUAUUAAAGCUGCUUCACAGCAAAACAAAAGCUCAGGUACGUAUUGGAGGUAAGCUAUCAGAAGCAUUUGAAAUAGAAACUGGUGUGAUGCAAGGUGGAAUUAUAUCACCGAUGCUGUUCAACAUAUUUUUCGAUUACGUUAUAAGAAAAGUGAUCAAUGAAGCUGGAAUAAACGGCAUAAAGUUGGCUUUCGGUAGUAAAGAUUUUUUUCACACAGAUAAAGAUCAUUUUGAAGACCUUGAUGUUGUGGCCUUGAUGUACGCAGAUGAUCUAGUAGCUAUAAGUGACAAAGCGGUCGAUAUCGAACAUUUCAUUCGAACGUUUGAGAGUGUCACCCAACUAUGCGGGUUAACGAUGCAUGUUAAGAAAACAUGCACUAUGUCUAUCAAACAAUUUGAAGUAGAUGCCCAAAAUAGAAUAAUCAAAGGGCAAGAGGUUGAUGUACCUAACCUCGAUAUAGUAAUUCGUAAUGAGAGAAUUGAAUCGGUCGAGGAUUUCUCUUAUCUUGGAUGCAUAGUAUCGAGAAUUGGGUCUAUGGAUAAGGAACUGGAAACUAGGCUAUCAAAGGCAGCAACGGCCUUCAACAUGCUUCGUAAUACCAUAUGGUAUAGGAAAUCUGUAUCUUUCGAAGCAAAGUUUCGAAUUUUCCGUGCGUGUGUCCUUCCUGUGUUGUUGUAUGGAAGCGAAGUUUGGGCGAUAAAUGUGGCACAAGAAAGAAGAAUAAACAGUUUCUAUAUGAAAUGUUUACGGACAAUUAUCGGAGUGAAUCUAGGUGAUAGGAUGGCAAAUAAUAUGCUGUUACAAAUCACGGGACAACCACAUAUCGAAAACAUAAUGAGGAGAAACAGGCUGAGAUGGUUUGGACAUGUCAAUAGGCUGAACAAAGAGGAUAAUGAGCCAUCAAUGGUAAAGAAAAUUAUGUUUUCAUAUUAUCCAAAUAUAAAGCAUCCAAGAAAUGGUGGUAUUAAAAAGAGAUGGGAGGAUAAAAUCAAUGAUGAUCUUGUUAAAUGUCAAAUUUAUAAUUGGAGAAGAGACACGCUAUUUAGAGACAAAUGGAGAGAAAUGAUCAACAAACAGGUGCAAGUUACGCCAAUUCACAACAACAUCAAAAA